GGUGCACGAGUUUAUGGAGUUGGUGCCCUUCAAUUUUACAAUAAUGUUGGUUUUGAAGAAAUAUCUGAUAAGCCGAAGGAAGAAAAUGUUGUCGCAACUCCAAGUGCAAGAGAAUCACGUCUACUUGAAGCCAGGCGAUUGCUGAAGGAGAAGGAUGGGGCCGAUUAUAAGCUUGUAAUAAUUGGCGAUAAAGCAAAAGCAUCGAUGCAACAGUACUAUUCUAAGCAAGGUUUCAUCAUAUACAACAAAUUCAAAUCGGUGGUUUCAUACAAAACAUCUCUACUGCCAAUGUUUACGCUGGACACAAUCGUGGGUUUCAUCAUAUACAACAAAUUCAAAUCGGUGGUUUCAUACAAGACAUCUCUACUGCCAAUGUUUACGCUGGACACAAUCGUGGUUUGUUUUUGCUCUUGAAA